AGAUUUGCAUUAAUGCAUUUGUUGACCACAUCUCUGUCUCUAUGGGUUCGUACUAUUAUUAGUGAAGCCAUAGAAGAUUACGUGGAAAAUAUCGAUUCAAUUAAUGAGACGAAUACUAUUAGCGAACAUUUAUUCAAUGAAGUGAUUGAUCAUGAAUUACAUUGUUUAGAGGCCGCAGUGAUCAACAAAAAAUCAAUGGAAGCACUGCCCUAUUUAUAUCCAUUUACUGUUGAAUUUAAUAUAAUAAUGGCUUCAAUUUGGUACAUCAUAUGGACUAAUAUAGGUAAAGAACACUUGAGUGCACCCAACAAAAGGCAAGUGUCGAUCACAUCUGAAGACGAUUUAGAUGAACAACAGGCCAACAGCUACCGGACCUCAAUAUUGAUUAACGCUGACUGCCAUUCAAGUAAUCGCGGCUUAUUUGGAGGAAUAACAACACUUAUGGCAACUGUUGUUACAAUUAUCAUAUUUUUUGCGACCCUAAGUAUCAACCGAUUUGGUGUUUCAAUAUAUUCGGGACAAAUCGCUAUAUUAACACUUAUAUGUUGUGUUGUUGUGCCGUUUGCUUACGUAAAGAUCCGGCACUUGGAUGUAGUCAAGUACGAACACUUUGAUAACGCUAACACAUCAAUGGACGACUUAUUGGUGUUACUACCGGUGCCUUUCUUUAUUAUUCAUUAUAUGCACUCAAUUAUUGUGGCUUUUGUAAACAUAUCCAUCGAAAAUGUGUUUCUUAUAAUAAUAUAUUUGUUUACAAUAAUCCAAGUGCUUAUACAAACACCAUUUAUAGUGGACGGUAUACGCCGGUGCUCUAACACUAAACAACUCCGAUACCAAAAGCCAGGCCGAGAGUUGAUUAUGUUUGCCAUCAUUUUGAAUGUUUCUCUUUGGAUACUCAAUACAUUUGAGUUGAGAUAUAUGGAUAGACUAAAUGGAUUAGAAAAUUAUUUUGGAAAAUUGACAUGGAUGAUUUUAUCAAAUGCUAAUCUACCACUUAUGCUAUUUUAUAGAUUUCACUCAUCUGUUUGUUUGAGUGAUAUAUGGAAAUAUGGUUAUGAAAAGGAUUCAAGUUUUCAUUAA